AUGCGUCCCUCAAGCGGCCUUAUCCUGGGCCUUCUCGCCGUCAAGGGUCUAGCCCAAACGGCUGCCGACACUGGGGCCCCAGCUCCGGAUAUCGUCACACGCGAUGACACCGGAAGCGGAGAGACUGGCGGCGACGCUGGCGGCGACGUCCCCGCCAAUACGGAACCUGAACCCCAGCCUAAACAGCCAACACAAAGUGAGCCAUUACCCGAUGAUACGCCGCCUGAGGUGUCACCAACAGGUGCUGAGGAAGGUCCGGAAGUGCCUUCAGGGGAACCAGAACCAGAAGUGCCCGGCGGGGCUCGUGAAGGACCCUCUGAGCCUGCUCCCGAAGAUCCUUCUGAAACUCCCUCGGAAGCUCCAGAAGUUCCGCCCGAAGCUGCUACGGAGGGGCCCGCGGAAACCCCGUCAGAAACUCCAGGUGAGCCUUCCGAGGCUCCAGCGGACCUGACGACGACAGCCGCGGAGCCUGAGACACAGGCACCUACUACCCAGGCGCCUGGUACACAGACACCUGAGGCUCGGCCGCCUGCAGAUUAUGAUGGAACAGUUACGCUAACUCCGGCCGUUACAACACCAACAGACGAUGAUGAGCCCGCCCCUACAGGAUCCUCCGGCGGCGAAGACACUAAGCCCACCGGUGAUGCUGAGCCCGAGCCCGAGCCGACCGUUGAGACGGGGGAUGGCGACGACGAUACCCCUGAAGAAACUGGAGGAUCAGGGGAGACCGGGACACCUGAAGAGACACCUGCAGAGACACCUGCAGAGACACCUGCAGAGACGCCUGCAGAGACGCCUGCAGAGACACCUGCAGAGACACCUGCAGAGACACCUCAAGAGACUGGAGGUUCCGAUACCGAGGCGCCCGAGCCUACGAAUACCGAAGAUGUCGAACACAAGACGAUCUCGCCCACAGAAGAGCCUACUGGUGCUGCCACCAACCCCUCGUACCAGAGCCCGGACGCCACGACAGGCAACGAUGAUGAUGGUGAAGCUACUGCGACGGACGAUGACAAGCCUGAGGAGACUGAUAGCAGCGAGACGACGGGGACGGACGAUGAUGAUACCCCGGCCACCACGGGUAGCAGUGAUGAUGAUGAUGACGCCGAGGAGACCGCCGUAGCGACGAAGACUGCUGGAGGUUCUGGAGACAAGACUUCGUUCACGACUGUUGCUACUGCUGCUGCGACAAACAAGUCCAUCGACCUUCCUCUUGACGAAGCCAAGCCUGGUCAGAACGCCAAUUUUGACACGGUCGGUGGAAAGAAGGUCAUUGUCCUCUCCCCCAAACCCAACUCCAAGGCCGACUGCACCAUCAACGUCGAGUCACCCCUCGACAUCCCUAAGGACGACUACGUCCGCGUGGUCGCCUCGGUCAAGGUGCAGAAGCCCGCGGGCUCCAGCUCCGACAAGACCGAGGUCAACCAGGUGGUCAAGGGGUGUAUCUUCAAGAUGAUGGUGGACGGCUCGGAUGUGUACAACUCGGAGCUGCAGGAGACGGACGGCAAGUUCCAGGAUCUCACUAGCAACAGCUUCCAGGCGACCAACAACAAGCCCAAGAUUCAGAUGGUCCAGGAGUGUGGUGAGCAGCCUUUUGAGUUGACUGUUGCCAAGGCUAGGAUUUCGGAUAUUGGGUCUGGAUCUUCUGGAAGCCGGGGUGGUUCUGGUGAUAGUGGUGGCAGCGGUGGCAGCUCUGGUGAUGAUGAGGAUGGUGAUGACAAGGAAGGGGGCUCUGGCGGUUCUGGCGGUUCUGGAUCUGGGUCUGGUGGCUCUGACUCCGACUCCGACUCAGGUUCCGGUGGCUCUGGCUCUGGCUCUGGUUCAGACUCCGGCUCUGGAUCGGGCUCUGGCUCUGAUUCCGGCUCUGGCUCCGGCAGCGACUCGGGUUCCGGUUCCGACUCUGGUUCCGGAGACUCGGGCUCGGGCUCGGGCUCAGGUGAUGGCGGCAGCAGCACCACUCCUGCCAACACGGCCGGCCACGGUUCCAUCAUCAACAUGGCCCUGGUCUACGCCCUGCCUCUCGUCUUGGCUGCUCUGUUUUAA